AAAAACAUGCUUUUAAAGGUAUUUUUUGUUGUUAAAUUUUUUAUUGUAACGGUUAACGGAAUGUUAGAUAAUAACGUGUGUACCAAAUGGGAUAGUUAUUAUUUUAUGCCACUUUCUAAAAACUGUUACCAUGAUCCUGAUUUUUCUUCAAACACGCCCGAGAUCAUUGAAAGGCAUCUUGGUAAAGGAACCGUAGAAAACUAUACUGUAACAACCGAGGAUGGAUAUAUUCUUACUGCAUUUAGAAUUGUAAGAAAAAAUCCUAAAGGAGUAAUAGUUCUAGGUCACCCUUUGGCUGUUGAUGGUAUUAUAUGGGUUGCUGAAGGAAAUGCAUCUUUAGCCUUUACAUUGUGGAGAUUGGGUUAUGAAGUUUGGUUAACUAAUAACAGAGGUACCUAUUACUCAGAAGAACAUGUAAAUUUGACAGUAAAUAAUAUAAAAUAUUGGGAUUUUAGUUACCACGAGUUAGGUGUUUACGAUUUGCCAGUAUUCACUGAAAAGAUAUCGGAAACAUCAAACAGCACUGAACUAAUAUACGUAAGUCAUUCUACUGGUUCUACUGCUGCUACAAUAUAUGCUUCCCUUUUGCCAGAGCACGCUAAAAAACACUAUAAGGUUUCAAUAAUGAUGGCUCCUCCGGUGUUCAUGAAACACUCUACAGGAAUAUCCAGAAGCCUAUGUACCUAUAUAUUUUGUCCAUUAAGUCCAAUUUUAAGAUUUCUUGGUAUUGGAGGUUUAUUCACAAAAAAUUCUUUAUCAAAAGCUUUGACAAAAAUUUUAGUUAUUAUGCCAUCUAAGAGAUGGUUUGUUUUCUUGGAUUUAUUUUUCUCUGGCAUAACACCUGGACAAGUGGAUCCAAAACUCUUCAAUUUGAUAUUUUCUUUAAUUCCAAGAGGUCUUAGUUUAAAAGUGAUGUAUCACUUUUGUCAAGCCUAUUUCAGUUGGGACUUUCUAAUGUGGGACUAUGGAAAAAAAGAAAAUUUAAGAAAAUAUAAUUCGACAAAACCACCAAGAUAUCCUUUACAAAAAAUACAAAUUCCGAUUCAUUUCAUUACUAGUAAAAAUGAUUUAAUAGCUACAUCACAGGAUUCUGACACUCUUUGGAAUGCACUUCCCGAUGUGGCUAAAAUUUAUGGUAGAACUGAUAUAAGUGGACUAAAUCAUGUAGAUUUUUUUGUAGGAAAGGAUAGAUAUAGUUUAGCGUAUGAUCAUGUUUUGGAUCUGUUAAGAAAAAUGUGAUUG